UCUUUCCAAUUGCCAUCUCUAAUAGUUGAUAAGAAAGGGCAGAGUACAUGUAAAUAAGAAAUAUAUCAAUGGUUAGCUAGCCAAAGGUAAAAAUAUAAACAAAAUAAUGGAGAAAAACAAAUAUGUACCACGUGUAAAUCAGAUAGAUGCCAUCUAUUUGAACAAGGACAUUGCCCGCCUGAUACGAGAUAAUCUGCUGGAGAACUUGCAAGCAAUCUCACCCGUUUUGUUCAUCAAAAUCCAACCGGAGCUCGACUUGCUCAUUCAAUCCGCCAUUUGGUUUGGUUCCGUCGGCAAGCGGUGCUCCACUUUUGGCCAACAGCUUCUGGUUCUGGCUUAUGAUGCCGAAAAGCUGACGGUGUCCAGGCUGGUGCUCCAUUUCGUCCUGACCGUCUUGCCGGGCUACGUGAAGAGCUGGGAGGAGCGGCGUUUAACCAGGCGCGUGGAGUGGUUUAGCGAGGCGAUUACGUGGGCGGAGAACAGUGCCCUGGUACUGAACAUCCUCAAUUACUUUCGGUUCCUGAAGACAGGGCGAAAACCCACGCUGGUGGACUAUCUUUUGGGGUUGGACUACAUUAGUCUGAGGAACAACCAACGGAGGGACAUUGGCUACAAGUACCUAACGAGAGAACUGCUUUGGGGAGGAUUUAUGGAAAUCCUCGGACUGGUGUUACCCAUCAUCAAUUUCCGUAAGCUACAAAGAUUGCUAAAGUCGUGGACAUUUGGUCAGGCGAUUUCCGGACGACGGUUGGAGGAUAGAGAUGACCCGGCGUUCUUGGCGCCGCAGAUGACCCUGAGCACCACCUGCACCUUCUGUGGGGAGCGACCCACAUUGCCACACCACAUGGGCUGCGGGCAUAUCUAUUGCUAUUAUUGUCUCAAUGCCAAUGUUUUAACGGAUGCCAGUUUCUGCUGCCCCAAAUGCGGUUCUACGUGCCCUGAGUCGGGAAUCCAAAGUGUCUGAUAAAUAGGAAGAUAUGCAAGUGAUGGUUUUAUACGUGUUUUUAUUAGUUUUAAGAGAAAAGUGGGCUUUAAGUAAUAAACAAACAAUUUUCAUA